UUGGUAAAGUUUCAGGUUACAAAAUCAAUAUACACAAAUCAGAAGCCUUUAAAUACUGCCAUUUCUUAAAACACUUUCAAAAUUUCACUUUGUGAAUUUUCUUCAGAGCCAGUUUAUAAGGUACAGGAAAGUCAGUUUCAUCAAUUUGUAAUCACGCCUCAUUUUUUUAAAAUCAAAAGAUGGUGAUUCUUCAUCCUAUAAUCCAUCUUAUUCACCAAACCAAACUCUGAACUGCUUUUGACUGUUUCCCAAAACUGCUUAGUGUCUCAUUGUGAAGAUUUGUCACCAUUAAAGAGAUCCACAGGACUGUGCAGGAAGUCUCAAAAUGUUUCAAAUAAUUAACUGUCCAAUGUGGAUAAUACCCUGAUUGUGUCUCCAUGCCUUUGAAUUGAUAGAUUCUAGUCUGUUUUUAAUAAAAAGCAGCAUUACUCUAUAGUCUUACAUAUGUAGAUCCAAGAUCUCAUUUUGCCCUUCUGGUAUCCUGACUCUUCCAUGAAACCAAAAGCAAGUUUCUAGCCAAUGUGAGGUGUUCUUUUAAGCUUUUCAUCCUUUUAACUUUCACUUAUGACAUCUUUUCUAAAGUAAUACGUUAAUUAGGAUAUAACUUGCAUCAAGCUUUACAAUUUUUUAGAGAGGUUUUCAGCAGUUGAAGAUUUUGGCUGCAGGAUACAGUUCUGACACCUGAAUGAAAAACAGCUCAGACAUCUUGAUUGUGGAGUGUAAGUCAUAUUUUAAACAGUUGAAGCUUAUUAAUUUGGGUUUCAAUUCCCCAGACUGGUAUGAAGUUUCCCUUUACACUCUCUGAAAAGUUUACUUAAAAAAAAAAAAAGGAAAAAGAGCAUAUAUGUGUUUGUGUAUAUGUGUGUGUGUGUGUGUGUGUGUGUGUGUGUGUGCAUAAUUGUAGGAGAUAUAGCUUAUGUAAAAGAGCAGUUUGUUUUAUGGGUUUUGGAAGGAGGCAUUAUCCUAAAUAAAAAUAAUAAAGUAGGUGAAUUUUAUCUUUGAUGUCCUCCUCCUCUUUAAACUGUAAGAGCCCCUGUAACCUACUGGAGCCUCAAGAUUCCUUGUGUCUACUUCCUACAGUAAAUUGUUAUCAUCCAAUCUUCACUACAACAUUAAAGGUCAUUGUUACAGAAGCAUUUGUUAACAGCUUCAGAUAGUUUCAAAGCAACAGACUUGCACUGGUGGUAACUUAGGCACUGGUUAAGAUGUAGUAACUGGGGACAGAAUGGCUUCCUGGGAAACCACAAAUCAAAACACAUUGAUGACUAUAAAUCCUGGGCACUGGCUAGAAAAUGGAAGCUAAAUUUACACAAAACAUUGAACCAUUAAAAGUGGGACCUUAACUUGGAAAUGAGAACUCCCCUCCCCCCCCCAACGUCGUUUUUUACCUCAUUCCCCUGAAUUCUAUGGAACCUUAUUUUGGUUACUAAGAACUAUUUCUUUUCUAGAUUUUUCCAAAAAUAUUUCUACCUCCUUGCCUGAGAAAUCUUGACACAUUUACCCUCAGUCACUGCAUUCAAAUUGUAACCCUGGGCACUCUCAGUUGGAGACUUCCAGGCCCUCUUAUUUCUUGUACUCUGGAUUCCUCCAGGUUCCCACCAGUUCAGACCUUUGUUCAAUCAUCUUUCAUCAACUCGUCUUUGUUUGAAAUCCACUGUCUCUUCUUGAUCCCAUCUCUUUAAUAGCUAUCCUAUGGUAAUACCCUAUGCCUGGAUGCGUAGCUUCCUCUUCAUUCUCAGGUUAUUUGAACUUUCUGCAUUGUGAAGCAUUGUUAGUCUCUCCUUCUUGAAAUUCUCUCUUUUCCAAAUUCUCUUACCUCCUGCCCUGUCUUUCUCAGUCUUCUCAAUGCUUCUCUCUCCAGUCCUUAACAACUGUUGUUAACCCAUGCUUUAUCCUUCUUUCCUCUAAACUGUUUCCAGGAAUGAUAUAAUCAAUACUUAAUUCCCAAACUCUCUUGCAUAUGACUCUACUUCCACUGCCAUCACCUAACUCUGGUACCUGCCCAAACAGAAUAAGCUCCUAAAAACAUAUCUCCUUAUCUUAGUAUCUCUCUAAUUCCUACUCAGCUUCCACUGUGUCUCCAGAGUCAUCUUUCUGAAACACUGACCCAAUCUAAGCAUUAUAUUCUUCAGAAAUCUUAUCUCCAAAAACAAGUACAAGCUGUUACAGGCUUGUGAGGGAAGCAGGGGUCGGGCAGGAAAGGAAAAGGAACAACAUGAGAUGAUGUGUUACACUCUGGCCACUGAUUCACAAAAAGCCCAGAGGAGAUAGUUGAAUAGUAUGUCUGUCCACUUGGAUGGGUGGUACAUCUUUGGAACAGCUUGUUCAUAGAUAUCAUGCCUUGGAGGAGGCUGUGGAAGGGAGGGAGGGGAAGUUUAUCUUCCUGGAUCUCUAUAAUCUCCUGGUUUUCCACUGUUCAGAAUUAGUCUGAUGGAGCUUAAUUUCCCUGUGCUGUGACAUUGAACUCUUCUGACAGUCACCCAGAAGUAGAAUCUGUGCCUGUGAUGUGGUAUCUCACCUCCCUGGAAGUGGCAGGAGAGGUCAGAAAGCUGGUUGGCCUAAGUACACGUUGACAGCCAAGGUGGAAAUCCUGCAUUCCCAAGCACGCAACUGCUUGGCUCUGGGCAGUAGAACUGCAGGUGCAUGUGAGGUCUCUUGGUUGCUGCCCCAGCAAAAGCAAAGCAAAUGGCUGAGAGCCUGGGAGGUAAGUGAGGCUAAGAGAUAUAAGGAGGCACAUAGGAUAUAUCCAUUGCAAUGCUCAACCCUACUCUUCAUUAGGGAUAAAUAACAAGAUUCCAUUUUUUACCCUAUCAGUUGGGUAGGAGGCAAAUUGACAAUAUCAGGGGUUGGCAAGGUUGUGGGAAAGCUGACCCUGUCACAGAGAGCAGCUUGACACACACUUUGGAGAGUAAGAAGUGUACUCAUGCAGCAGAGUGCAGUGAGCAAUAAAGGGCAUGGCCUAGUCUUCAUAAGUCAAUGUAGAAUAUGGAAGUACUAGUCAUGGAGAAAAUCAAGCUGCAGAAGGAAGGAUACAUCAAUACAAUAUCAUUUGGAUGCACAUAAAACAUAAGUAAAUGGAUCAGAUAGGCAGCUGGUUCCAGUUCUGUUCCCCAUCACUCCAUAUGAGCCCCAUGGAGAAAGAGAUUAUGGACAGAUGCUUAAAGCUGCUUAGAUGACUGGAAAACAAAGUAUGGCAUUGAAUAAGAAAGAGGAACCAUCUCCACUCUACAUCAUACCAAUAGUGAAGCACCUUUGCCUGUUAAGGGCAGUGCAUGAAGGAGAUUGUGAUGCCCAGUGGACAGAGAGAGGCCUGAGAAUGACAAGAUUACUUGUAAUGUCCCCUGAAGACUCCUUCCAAUAUUUGAGGGAAGGUGUUUCUCAAACCUGAGGUCUUGAAUGGAAUAUAUCGAACUAGCAAAAUGUGUGAAUUCAUGUUAAGAUGCACUCAUUAGACUGCUGAGGCCACAGGCUUGUUCAGACAGAGUUAAUUGUCCUUUGCCUGUGCUUCCAAAGCAUGUAUUGUGCUAUGUAAUAGAGUGCUCACUUCCUGAGAUUAGGGAUGGUGUUGUAUUCAUGCAGGGUCCUGAAAACCUAAGUACCAUAACUGACCCAUAGUGAACCCAGGUUAAUGUUUAUGGCAUGAAUGAACAAAUAAUUGGUCAUGGUCUCUGGAAAUCAGUUUUAUAAAUCAUCUGCUUUAGGAUGAUAACUGUCUAUAGUUUUUGUACAAUCUGAACAAAAUCUUCAGGGGAGAACAUCAAGAAAUAACUAUAUGGCUGGCUUGAGUCUAGAAUCUUCAGGAGAGACAAAAACUUUCAUGCUAUUGGGAAUUGCUGUGGAUGGAUAUCUGUGAACAGCUGCAUUUUUGCCCCAUCAGGUUAUAUAAUUGCAUAAAUAAAAGCUAAAGUGGGCAAAAUCUAAAAAUGGUUAAUGUAAGCAGUUUCUAGCUGUCAAUCAAAUUCUGCCUUUUGCAAGUAUUUCUGGGGCAUUCACAGUUAUGACAAAGUUUUGGGUGUUAUGUGUGUGUGUGAGAGAGAGAUGUGUGUUUUCCUUUAUAAACAAACCUGAGGAUUUCAUGCAGAUGUCAAGGACCACAUUAACCACUAUUUGCAACAAUAAAAAUCCCUUCAAAUUGACAGAUGUUCUCUGAAAGAAGAUAAUUUUAAAAAUAUAUAUUUUCUUUUCAGAAAAUAAAUGUGCAAAUAGUGCUCACUGAUUGCUUGGAUUUAUUUCAGUUUAGAACUCAUAAGGCCACAUACAGGCUUAUUCUGAGUUUUUCAGAAUAAGCAAGCAUUUUGAUAGACUUUAAACUUAAACAUAGCAAAAAACGUUCUUGUAAUGCUAGAUUAUAGGCAUAAUCCUCGCAUAGUUUAGAGUGUAUUGUUUCAUACUAUGAUAACCUGCUACAUUUAGGGAACGUGUUUGGAAUGUCUUAUGACAAAUUGUAACAGUGCAUUGAGAGUACUAGCUCAUGAAAUAUCUUGUAAAGAGUAAAGAUAACUAAAAUAACUAGAAUUUUGUUUUUUGUUUAAAGAUUCUUUCUUGGAAAAGAUUCUCAGAUGAAAGUUGGAUCCAGUAGAUAGCAAUUAUAAGAUAAAGCAAGGAAAUAAUAGACCCUAUAUUAAUACAAUGUAAGUGCUUCUUUGCCUGGAUAAAUUUGUAUUCAAACUACCCCCUCUGACUCCCCUCCCAUCCUCAUUUCACACCCUCCGGGCCAACUAAGGUUGUCUGUCUCCUGUGUUUCCACUGCACUUGUGUUUGGAAGCAUGGUUUACUUUGGAUCAUUCAUUCAUCAUGUGUCCACCAGACUUUUUCAAUCCUCAUACAGAUGAUAUCUUAAUUUGCCAAAGAGUCUUAGGUUAUGCUCAGAGUUUGGUUUUUGGAGCAGCAGGAGCGGGCUUGGCUUGAUAGAAAAAUCUCACUGUCUUUGUGUGUCUCAGUCAACUGAUUUUCACAUAUCCCAAAUCAUGAGAAGUCCAACAUAAAUUUUCUUUAACAUAGCCAGGGUGAGAUGAUAUUUGAGGAGGUUAUGUUUUCUAAAACUUGUAAAGCGUUAAGAGUAUUAAGAGUAUUGUAAAGUAUUAAGAGUUCUAGAAAGUGUAAAAUCUGCUAGGUAAUAUGUAAAUCACUUCCUUUACCCAUAUGAUUAUUAUUAUUUUUUCAUUUAAAAGAAAAUUCUAAUUUUGUGAACCUUGCUCUUCUGGACAAAGUUGAGAGUGGGAGAAAGGGUGGGCCUCUGCUCCACGUGGUCAUUCGGAAGCUCAGGUUGAUGGUGAUUGGCAUCCUCACGUGUGGUUUUCAAAGACCCUCUAGGUGUCAGUGUCCAGUGUCCAGCUAGCACUUCAGCAAAAAGGGUUGAGAGGCUGGUUGUAAGGUCAGCUCUAGUGGUGGCAUUUCUGCCACUUUCUGUUGGCCAGGAUUCAGUCACAUGGCCAUGCUUACAUACGUAGGGGUGGGGUUGAGAAAUAAAAUCGCUCACUGGAAAGCCACUUCCCCAGAUCAACUCCACAACACAGAAUAAAUAUUCUUUGGUGGAACACUGGCUGCCUCUUCCAUGCUCCCUCAUAUACAUUAAGCUCCAUCCACGCUGACUUUUACUCUGAUCCUGGCAUAUGUCCAGCUCAGGACCUUUGCCCAUGUUGUUCCUCUUCUAGAAAAGUUUCUCCUGCUAUUAACAUGAUGGGUCAUUUCUUUACCUUCAGUUUUUUCUUAAACAUCAUCUCCUCAACGAGAAACUUUUUAACCACCUUUCAAAUGUAGGAUUUUCCCAAGCACCUUGUUAGUUUCCUGUAUAGCACUUACCAUAUUGGUAAUUAUUUGAUUUGUUUAUUUACUUCUUUUUGUUUGUUUCUUCCACUAGAGUGUAAGCUCAUGAAAUUAGGUAUGCAAAUUUCUCUUAUAUCAUUGAAUUCCUAGUGCCUGGCAUAGUGCCUGGCAUAUAGUAGAUGCUUAACAAAUAUUUUCUCAGUUAAGGCAGAGGCUCUGAGUAAUUAGUAAAUAAUUACAGUAUUAAACUAAAAUUCCAUUACUUACCAUUAAUAUAAAUGUAUAUAUGUAUGAUUCUAUGGCCAGGUUUGAUACAACAGUCAAUGAAUCAUCAUUAUCUGGUACUGAUACUUUAUAUUAACCCUUUCUUGAACUAUCAUAAACUGACUAAUUCCAGUUAGUUACUGCUGUAUAAUAAAUACAUUACCUGAAAACUUAGUGGCUUAAACCAACAAUAACAGUUUUAUUAUCUCUCACAGAUUCUGUGUGCCAAUAAUUCAGGAAGUAUUCAGUUUUGUUAUCCUGGCUCAGAGUUUUUCAUGUGGUUAUGGCCAAACAGCUGCCAGGGCUAGAUCAACAAUAGGGAAGAGCAGUCAUAGAGCCUGAAGGUUUUAAGAAAACAAGUAUUCCUAUGAGUAAGAGAGUACACAUUGACAUUCAUGACUUAAUCUUGGAUGCAUUGCAUCACUUCUGCUGUAUAUUAUUCAUGGAAACAAUCACACAACCCCUCCUGGUUCAAGCAUGGGGGAUAUAGACCCCAAAUCUGAUAGGAGGACUGUCUCAGUCCAUUUUGUGUUGCUAUCACUGAAUACCUAAAAUUGGAUAAUUUAUAAAGAAAAUUUUAUUUUUUACAGUUCUGGAGGCUGGGAAGUCCAAGUUUCAGGGACUGCAUUUUAUGACAGCCUUCUUGCUGAUGGGGACUCUCUUCGGAGUCCUGAGGUGGCACAGGGCAUCACAUGGGGGGAGGGUUCUCUAGAGAUGGCCAAACUGGCAUUUAUCACAGAUCCACACUCGUGAUAACCAACCCACACCCUUGAUAAUUGGUUAAUCUAUUAAUCCAUGAGGUCUCUGUCCUCAUGGGCUGAUCACCUCCCGAAAGUUCCCACCUUUCAACACUGCUACAUUGGGGACCACAUUUCUAGGAUAUAAACUUUUGGGGGACAUAGUCAAACCAUAACAAUGAGUGUCAAAGGAUUUGUGGACAUGUUUUUUAACUGUCAUAUUAACAAUGAGGGAAUGAAUCCCAGCACUUUGCAGAGCAUUUUAAUAAAUUGUUAUUAUCAGGAUGUUUCUCCCACCCUACUUUUUUUUACACAGGCCAGUAGGGAAUUCCACAGAACUUAAUCUCCUCCCUGCAAAGACUGCUUUAAGUAGCUGAGAUAUAUAUGUAUUCAGAACUUCUUAUUUGAAAAGUCCUUCCUCUGCAGGGUAUUGUAGAUAUCUUGUUACGAGAACUUGGACAUAGAAUUGAGUACCCACUUCUUUUCAUACCUUUGGAAUCAGGCUAUAUUGAUUCAUAACAUUGCUUUGGCACAUUUGUGGAAAAGAGUUUUUUUUGUUGUUGUUGUUGUUUUUUCAGAAUAAUAGUCUUGGUUUUCUAGCCUUAAUAUUUUACAUAACAAAUUCUCCACUUUCAUUAAAACAUUUUUCUUUUUUUAAACAAUGCAUCAAAUAUUCUUUAUCCUGGUCAGAAUUCUGGAGACAAGAAUUACCAUGAAUUCUAAGAUGCUGCUUUACAACUAUCUCACUAAACUUUUCUAAUGAGAUGUUUUAGAAGGUAGGUAAUUUGGAUUAGAAAAAUUGCAAACUGUUAUAUUGCUCCAAGCUCCAAAAUGCUCAGGGGAUCCUUAAUCAAAUGUGUAACAUAAUCCUCCCUUUUAUUUUUAAAAUGAGACUUUAUUUAUAGUUAGAAAUAUUAUCGUUUCCAAGUAUGACCUUGAGCAAGAAUUCAUUGACUUCAAAAGAAAACCUUUUUAUUUAAGAGAGUUUUAUAUUUACAGAAAAGUUGCAAGAAUACUACAGAGAGCUGUGGUAUAACUCUUGCCUAAUUUUUUUAUUAUUAACAUUACUUCAGUAGAUUUGUUGCAAUUCAUGAACCAAUACUGGUACACUAUUAUUAACUGAAAUUUUUACUUUAUUCAGAUUUUCUUAGUUUUUACCUAAUGUCUGCUUUCUGUUCUAGGAUCCCACCCAGUAUGUCACAUUACAUUUACUUGUAAUGUUAUCUUAGACUCCUCUAGACCGUUAUAGUUUUUCAAACCUUCCUUGUUUUUAAUAAUCUUGACAGUUUUGAGGAAUACUAAUCGGGUAUUUUGUAGAAUAUCCUUCAAUUUGGGUUUGUUUAAUGUUUUUCUCAUGACUACACAGGGGUUAUGGGUUUGGGGGAGUGCCGUUCUACCCAUAUCAUAUCAAGACUACAUACUAUCAACCUGACAUAUUCCUACUGAUAUUAACUUUGAUGAGCUGGCUGAAGUAGUGUUUGUCAGAUUUCUCUACUGUAAUAAGUUACUUUUGUUCCUACCCUCUUCCAUACUUUGAAAGGAAUUUGCUGUGCACAUUCUACACUUCAGGAAUGGGGAGUCAUGUACCAGCUUCGUGGGGGGGGGGUUGUCUAUCUAAAUUAUUUGGAAUUCUUCAUACAAGAGAUUUAUUUAUUCUUUCCCAUUUAUUUACUUAAUCAUUUAUUUAUGUCAGUGUGGACCCAUAGUAUUUAUCUUAUACUUUGGGCUGUAAUCCAAUGCUACUAUAUUGUGUUGCUCAAAUUGUUCCAGCGUUGGCCAUUGGGAGCUCUUUCAGUUGAAUCCUGUGUUCCUUUGACAUACCUCCAUCACUGUGGUUUUCUUUGAGCCCUUCCUUGCUUUCUGGCACUAAAAGAUGUUACAAACCCAUCUUGUAUACUUUCUAUGCCUGCCUGAGAAUCAGCCAUUUCUCCAACCAUCCUGGGUCCUUUUAUUGGAAAGUGAUAUUAAAAACCAAGAUCUGGGUGCUAGGUGAGCUUGUUGCUACUGGGAGGGGUUCAUUGAAUUUUCCCAGCCUGACACUACUCGCCUACCCAUUUCCCUCGCCUACCAUUUAUUGAACAUUUACUCUGAGCUAGACAUUUUACUUACAUAAGAUGAAUUCUCACCCUGCAUGUUGGUGUUCCAGAUGAGAACAUUCUCAGAUAUGUUAAAUAUUAAUACCUUGCCUGAGUUCAGGAGCUAGUAAAUGGCAAUGCUAAGAUUCAAGCUUUAUUCUCUGUGAUAGCAAGGACUGUGCUCUUUCUGUUUUGCAAUAUUGCCUGAACUCUGUUGCAUAGUCAUAGAUUUUGCUUCUUAUAGUAGUCAACUAUUUUAUAGGUUCAAACUGUAACUGUGCAAUAUAAUAUUGCUGUUUCAGUGCAAAUCACCUAAAAAAAGGCUCAAAGUUAGGGCCUGAAUUUAGUGAGCAAAUAAUAUCACUUCAUAUAAAGUCACCAACAUUAUCCUAUUCUGCCUUAGGGUAGGACUUGGGGAAGUGAAGUCAAUCAGAGGAGCCAUGUGGCCCAUGUGGCCCUGGGCUAUGCAUUUUCUAAAACAUAUAUAGUUCUUGCUCUCAAGAAUAUUGCAUUGCAUACUCUGGUUUCUCUUCAAAAUGAAUAAAUCUUUCGCCUUUUACUAAAGAUUUCCGUGGAGAGAAACAGUUAUGAGUUGGUAACCAAAUUUUUUGAAGUCUUGCUUAGGCAAGGCUAAGUAAAAAACAAACAAACAAAAAAAGAAUAUUGCAUUAAAUAGGACAGGUAAAAAAACCAAACAAAUAUAAUCAGUAGAAAUCCAUGACUUCAUUAAUAAUUAAAGGACCUUAAGAAGAGAAUAUACAUCAGUGGUUCUUAGGAAAUUAGAGGAUGAAUAAUAUUGAGCCAGAAAGUCUUCUUGAAAGAACUGAUACAAAGUAUGAGAGAUCAAUCUCGUCUUAUUCUGCUGAGAGAGGUCACAGCCAACUUUUCAAAACUCUGUGUGGAGUGGAGAUGAAAAGUCUCCCCUGGAUUUGUAAAAAAAACCAAAACAAAACAAAACUUCCAAACUCUUAGGCAUUAACAGAUUCCUUUCUUUCUUCUAGGUAGAUGCUGAGAACAGCAAAACUGUACAGAGUAGACCGAGCAUUGUUCUGUUGGGAAGUUGAGCAUCAUGACCAAGAGAAUAGACUUAAGGAUAGAACAGUCAUGUGUCUAAACCUAGAUCUGGCAUUUACUAGCUGUAUGACCUUGAGUAUGUUCCUUGACCUCCCUGACCUUCAUUUUCUUUAUUGUUUAAAUGAAAAAUAAAAUAGUGCCUUCCUUUUAGGGAUGUUGUGAGAAUUAACCAAGGUAAGACAUAUGUUUAGCAUAAUGUUUAAUACUUAGAAGGUACUCACUUAUUAUUAAAAGGUGUCUAACAUACAGGUCAGUCUACAAAAACCUAUUCAAAGUAUAAUCUAGCUGAUUUUCUAUUAUUAUGGCAUCAAUAAUAAUUAUAUUAAUGCCAAAUGUUUAUUGAGCACAUACCAUGUACAAGUCAUUAUUCUAAGCACUUUGCAUAUAUUAAGUGAAUUAAUUGUGCUAUAAUGUUACUGAAUCCAACCAGCCUUUGCAAUGUUAUUUCUAGGGAAAAUACUUCUCAAACUCUAGAUGUGGAAGAGAAGAAAGAUAACAUUCCAGUGUGAGUACAGUCCUGGCCGUAGGCCUGGACAGUUUUAGACGGUGCAGUCUUGCUACAUGGUGUGAGAAAUGGCUGUAGGAAACAACACUCAACGAAGUCAUUCCAUCAUCCCGUGUUUUAUAUUUGUUGAGCUUGUCAUCAUGGCUGGGACAGUGCUGCUUGCCUACUACUUCGAAUGCACUGACACUUUUCAGGUGCAUAUACAAGGAUUCUUCUGUCAGGAUGGAGACUUAAUGAAGCCUUACCCAGGGACAGAGGAAGAAAGCUUCAUCACCCCUCUGGUGCUCUAUUGUGUGCUGGCUGCCACCCCAACUGCUAUUAUUUUUAUUGGUGAGAUAUCCAUGUAUUUCAUAAAAUCAACAAGAGAAUCCCUGAUUGCUCAGGAGAAAACAAUUCUGACCGGAGAAUGCUGUUACCUGAACCCUUUACUCCGAAGGAUCAUAAGAUUCACAGGGGUGUUUGCAUUUGGACUUUUUGCCACUGACAUUUUUGUAAACGCCGGACAAGUGGUCACCGGGCACCUGACGCCGUACUUCCUGACCGUGUGCAAGCCGAACUACACCAGUACAGACUGCCAAGCACACCACCAGUUCAUAAACAAUGGGAACAUUUGUACUGGGGACCUGGAAGUGAUAGAAAAGGCUCGGAGGUCCUUUCCUUCCAAACACGCUGCUCUGAGCAUUUACUCCGCCUUAUAUGCCACGAUGUACAUUACAAGCACAAUCAAGACGAAGAGCAGUCGACUGGCCAAGCCGGUGCUGUGCCUCGGGACCCUCUGCACAGCCUUCCUCACGGGCCUCAACCGGGUCUCUGAGUAUCGGAACCACUGCUCAGACGUGAUCGCGGGCUUCAUCCUGGGCACCGCCGUGGCCCUGUUUCUGGGAAUGUGUGUGGUUCAUAACUUUAAAGGAACGCAAGGAUCUCCUUCCAAACCCAAACCUGAGGAUCCCCGUGGAGUACCCCUAAUGGCUUUCCCAAGGAUAGAAAGCCCUCUGGAAACCCUAAGUGCACAGAAUCACUCUGCCUCCAUGACCGAAGUUACCUGAAGCAACUGACAUGUCACAAGCUGUUUUUUUAAUCACCUUCCAACUCGAUACUUCAAAAUACACAGUUACCCAAUGUCAAACUGUGAGGACAAAUAUUAUGUUUAUCUAGUUAGAAGCUAAUGUUUUGUACAUUUUUUGUAUAAGGAAGUGAUGUAGCUUGCCCUGAAUUUUUUUUU